CCGCCUCUUGCGGCCGACGCCAUGGAGCGCUUCCUGGGAGGCUGCCGGCCCGCCCUGCAGGAGUGCAUCCGGAGCCGCCGGGACGUCCACGUGGUGCUGGGGAACGAAGCGUGUGAUCUGGACUCGGCGGUGUCCGCCCUGGCCCUCGCUUACUUCUUGGCAAAGGUGUCUCCGGAGCCGAGGGCGGCCUUCAUCCCGGUUUUGAACAUCCCUCGCGCCGACUUCCCCCUGCGGACGGAGAGCACCUUCCUCUUCAAGGAACAGCGGCUCCCCGAGAGCGCCAUCAUCUUCCGAGACGAGAUCGACCUUCUCGCCCUCCACCAAGCCGGGCUCCUCUCUCUGACCCUGGUGGACCACCAUGUCCUGCCGAGCCAGGACGCAGGUCUGGAAGAAACGGUUGUCGAGGUGAUAGACCAUCGCCCCCUGGAGCAGGGAAGGGGCCCUUCGUGCAGAAUCACGUCGGAACUGGUGGGGUCAUGCGCCACACUGGUGACGGAGAAGAUCUUUCAGGGCCGGGUGGAGGUUUUGGACCAGACCACGGCAGCCCUCCUGCACGGGACCAUCGUGCUCGACUGUGUCAACAUGGCCCCCGAGGCUGGCAAAGUGACCCCCAAGGAUGUUCGUUUCGCUUCCCUCCUUGAAUACAAGUUCCCGGAUCUGCCCCCGAGAGGCGUCAUAUUCGAGGCACUGCAGAAUGCCAAGUUUGACGUCUCAGGACUCACGACCGAGCAGAUGCUGAGGAAAGACCUUAAAGCUGUCUCUGGGAAAGACGUUGUCAUUGCGCUUAGCUCUGUGUACGUGACUUUACAGGACUUCUUGCGCCGUCCAGCCGUGGAACAGGAUUUGUGCGCCUUCUGCCGACAGAGAGGCUACGAUGCGCUGGUUGUGAUGGCCAUCUCCUUCAACGAGCAGAACGACCCCUCCCGGCAACUCGCCGUGUACAGCCAGCAAGGGGCACUCCAGACAGCGGUGUGCCAAAGCUUGGAGGAUUCUAGCAACCCCUCUCUCAGCCUGUCUCCGCUGGAGAGCCCGCACCCCACGCUCCGCGCCUACACGCAGGGCAACGCCACCGCCUCUCGGAAGAAGGUCCUCCCCAUCGUCAAAGACUUCCUGAGGGAUUGUGGCACCAUGCAGCCGUGCCGCAAGACCAGAGCUGAGCCCGCGAACGCGUCCCCCGGCAGAGCCGACAGCCGCCCUCUGGAGAGGGGUGCGGCGGGCCGGAAGGAUCCCCCCAAAUCCCAGCGCUUGGGGGACGACCUCUUGGGGGAUGAAGACACCCACCUGCCCCCUACGCCCAUGAACAGCCUGGUGGAUGAGUGCCCCCUCGACCAGGGGCUGCCCAAGCUGUCGGCGGAGGCCGUCUUCGAGAAAUUCAACCGCAUCGCCGUGGCCCGUUCCUGCGAGGACAGCCCCGAGAAGAAGUGAGGCCCUGCGUGGCCCGGCGGCUCUGAUUUCAGGGAAACUUUCCAGCCAAGGGUGUGAUUGUGGCUCAGGGUGUGUGUGUGUGUGUGUGCGGAUGGGUAGCAACGC